AUGAGUUUUGAAGCGCUGGCUACAACAGUUGAAGUCGCAGAAAGUCUUGAUACCAUAGGUAGAUUUAGUAAUCUUGAUAUAGCCAAAAAUACGUUGGGUGCUGUGGGUGCUAUUGGAGAGGCUGUAAAACCUUUUGUGCCGUUGAUUGGUGCUGUAACUCUCGUAAUUUCGGAAAUUGUUGCAGUCUAUGAAACUGCCCAGUAUAAUAAGAAGAUCUGCAAUUCACUUAUGGAUCGUGUAAAUGCUGCUGAAGCAGCCAUCAAAACUUUAAAAAGAAGACAAACUGAAAAUGAACAAAAUUUUCGUAAUCAAGAAUAUUAUAAAUCAUUUGUUCGUUUCGUUGAAAUAAUGAAACGAAUUAAAAAAUUUAUCGGUGAUGUAUCGAACUUACACGGUUACCAAAAAUUUGUACAUUCCGGUUCAGUUAAAAUUAAAUUUGAUUCACUUGUUAGUGACUUUGAUAUAGUAAUGAAGGACUUGCAUUUUACAAUGGCCGUUGCUAAUGAUGAACAAAGAAGGAUAGAUCAAAUGGCUCUCGAAUCUGAUGUUGCAGAUAUGAAAAAGUUUUUGGAAAGAAUAGAAGGUGGCAUAACUGACCAAAAUCAAAAAAUAAAUAUUGUGCUUCAUGAAGUGUCAUUAAUGAAAGAAAAAUUGGAUCAUCCAGAUAGUUCAGAUAAUAAUAUUAAAGAUAUUAAAGCAAAUGAAAUAAAACCAACUGAAUUGAAUGAUCCUUUGAUGUCAAAAGCAACGGAUCGUCGAGGGAAAAGUCCUCAGAUUGUCAAAAAAAUGUAUAAAAAUUUUGAGGUCGCCUGCAAACCAAUAGAUCUUCAAAGUAAUGACCCUAAAGAAGCUUCAAAAAUUCAAGGACAUCUAGCUAUAUUAGGAAAAUUACGAGAAUCACCCAACAUUAUCAGAUUUUAUGGUCUUUCAAAUACAGAAAACUCAGACGUUAUGGUAUUUGAAUGGGCAGAAUAUGGCUCUCUCAGAGACUUAUAUUGUAAAUUUGAUAUUGCAUGGCAUGGAAAAGUACAAAUAGCUCUUGAUAUUUGUCGUGGCCUUACAUUUUUACAUUCUUGUGAUAUUCUUCAUCAUGAUAUUCGAUGUGAUCAUAUUAUGAUGGCUACAGGCUUGAUACCAAAAAUUGCAAAAUUUAAUUAUUCCCGUAUGGCAUCUGGUCCAACCAGUGAUAUGAAGGGC